CGCCGUGGUUACCAUGACUACAAGGUUUGUUGUCAGUGGCAGCCGUGGCAGCACUCGAAUGUAUUUCCGUUAGCUGCUAAAUUAGCUAUCUUGAACACUAUAUGACGUUAAUAUAACUAUUAUCUACUCUGUACGGCACAGCAUGGACUCAAACUCUUUAUAUUAUGCUUUGGAACUCGUCGCCGGUAGCGGACAAACUUUAAACAUGGAGGAAAGAAGCGCUCUGCAGACCUCCCUGGUGAUUGUGCAGAAAAACUACCAGUUCCAUCGAGUCUUGUUUUGGGGAAAAAUAUUGGGGUUAAAGAAGGAUUAUUUUGUGGCUCAGGGGAGGGGAGAGGAUGAGUUGACGGAUGUAAAGAACCUGUACAGCUUGAACUGCAUGAACUGGUUCCUGCUUCCGCCUGCAUCAGACUCCAUGAUCAACGACGUGUUCAAAGCCGCCAAGGGUCGCUUCGUAGGAGACCCCUCUCAUGUGUAUGAGCAUAUUGAGGUCCGCAGGAGGGGAGAGGGGGAGGAUGCGGAGGUGGAGGAAAUAGUAACCAAAGUCAACGAGGAGAGCAGGCUAGUUGUGACAAUUCAUCAGAUUGAUCAGGAAGUGUCUGUUGUACCACGUGGCGCUUUUGUCAAGAAUCCACAUGGCCUUGUCCAGAUAAACCGCAGCUUUGGUGGCCUGUCAUACUCCGAAGCAGCCAAGCUGGACAAUUAUUUUCACUUCAGCCAACCAAAAAAUCUGAAGAAGAAAUCCAUCCUGGAGAUGGGUGAACUGAACCCAGCUAUCGACAUCUUUGAUGUACUGAGUGAUGACAUUCCUAAAGGAUCAUGGAGUCUUCAGUUCGAAAGUGCCCACAAGGUGUGUAUUCUGCGCAGCCUGCUGUGGCUCGGUCUGACCUUCUACCAUGUGCCAAUGUCACCACAGCACGGUUACAUCUACAUCGGUUAUGGAACCAAAAACCUGGACCUUCCUUUUAUGCUAUGAAGAUAUCUUCAAUUAAUUUCAAUCUACAAUACGUGUUUAUGUUGGUCAUCUUGUUCCUCAAAACCCCAAUGGAUUAUUACCUGACAAAUUACAAGACGUAUUAUCCUGUCAUAAAAUAAACUAAAAGGUUUGGAGUGA